ACCUCUCUCUCUCUCUCUCUCAUUGAAUUGUGAAAUCUUUUGAAAAUCUUUUAACAUUUUUCCAGCAAACAUUCUCGCGCAGCAUCGCCAUUCCGUGUCGUCCGCGAAAGACUUUUACGCUCUAUGUGCUGGAUGUGCCGGAGGAUCUGCCCGUGGAGGAUAUACGGCAUGCCAUGUACAAGUUCGACUCGGUGGUGGAGGUGGUGCGCCUCCACAUCUAUUCCAGCCCGGGUUUGGCCAGCGGCGGCUCCGCCAGCUCCAACCCGGACAAGGUUGAAGGUGAGCAGCUCACAGCCUCUCCGAGCCCGGGCCAAACUCUGCGCCGUGCGGCCAUACGAAGCAGCAGCAGCGCCAAGAGCCUCGUCUCUGGCAUUGUGGGCGAGGCCAUUGAGAAGGCGGAGCGUCCGGAGCGCCGAGAGCUGCCGCCAGCUGUUAUACGUAUAACACUCGCCUCCAUGGACGAGUACAACAUUCUGCUCCAGAACGGACUCAACUUCUACGACGCCACAUUCUUUCCCACCGAGGCCAACAUCUCCCUAAAAGGCGCCAAGAUUGAUUACAAAAGGCGGUAAGACCUAAGCCCCCACUAUCAC